UUUCGCGAAUGGUCGUGUGCCGAAGAUCUUGCGCUUCAUAAAAUUCUGGAAUACUUUUUUCAGUUCACUGCACCUAGUUUAAUCGAUUGGUGCCAUAUUGGUGCCCUUCAUCCGACGCGCUCAGGACGCGAAUGCCAACGUAGAGCCAAGCAAAUUUGCCCUUUAAUAAGAUUUGCUGCGCCAACUAGUGAGCUUCGGCUGGCCGUGGAGGUGGGAAUAUCCACAGUUAAGGAAGGUAGGGAUGGCCCAAUAGCCUGCUUUAGCCCCAAUGAAGACCUGCAAUUAUUGAUGGCCAUUCAGAAGUUUGGAACAGGUGGGGGCAAACUUGGUUAUGGCACUGGACUUGGCCUCGGUUCCUGGAAUCUUGUUGCAACUGCUCUUCCAGGACGUACAGGCCAGGAUUGCUCUCAGCGCUACCUGGAAUUAUGUGACCAUUUUCUUCCUUGGAGCUAUGUGGAAGAUCGUCAGCUCUUUAAACUUCUCCUCAUUUACAUGUCCCAGCGUCAGCAUAUUUCAGGGCCACAAUUGGAUGGCGAUAGCGAUGCUGGUCACCAUUCCUCUUGUCAGCACAUCUUAGCUCACAUCAGCCGUUCAGAACUAAAUGCUCUUCUUGCCUGCCUAAACUGUGACACUCCUGACCAAGCAAACACAAUGAGACACAUCGCCAAGGUGUCCAACAGUAUCAAACCCCAACAAUGCUCUAAUAGAUAG